AUGGCUACCGUGGAUGUGGUCGAACUCACGGACACGAUGACUGACACAGUCGUCGUCCAUGGAAGAACAACUGGCGAUGGAGAAAAAGUCACAGUAGCAACAGAUGCUAUGCUUCAUCGUUUUGACAGAGACAGGGCAGCCAAGGUUGCCGCAGCCGAGAUCGUACCAAAAGCACGAGCUAAACGGCAUGCUGCAACGCUUGGUGCUAUCCGCAGGCUGUAUGAGGAGCGUAACAGCAACGGCAUGAAGAACCUGGUUUUCUCUACGCUCUUUAAUGGUUAUACGCAUUUGCCUUCGGAUCAGGAUCUCCACGACCUAGCUGUGGAUCAAUUUCCUCCCAGGGCGACGCUCAAGGCUCAGGUCUGCGACUUCUAUCCGGACCACGCGGAAGAAAAAGAGGUCGCUCUUGGAGAUAUUGAAUCCCAGUGGCAAGAAAAGCCUCACGGUGUUCAAGUUCGGUGGAUACAUGUCCCAGUUGGCAGAGGAAUUUAUCAUUCCUCUAUUGAGGACUUGUUUCGACACGCAAGCAAUGAGGAGCCUCGCCCAUUUAACAACGCUGGCCAUGUUGGUUUUGCGUAUGUCGAGCUGGACAAUUUGAAUUUUCGGCAUCGUGAAGAGGUCGAGGAUCUCCGAGACACAUACUGCUUGCUCUCAAGAUUGGACCAUCUAUCUAGGUCUGCUCCUGAUUCAACAGAUGAUGAUUUGUCUCCCCAGACUUCCAAAACAUCGACUGGGCCUGAGCCACUAGACUGGGAGUGUCAUCGAGGUGAUAGAAAUCCAAAAUUGCGAGGCGACCUAGAAUGGCGAGCAGAGCACCUUAACACCGAGCUCACCUUCUGGGAGUUAGUUGCCUCUGACAUGCCUUGGCAAAUCUCUGAUGGCCUCCCAAUAUGCGCCAGUGGGCCGCUUGGACGAAUCAAGCCAGUCAUAAACAGCUAUGAUUUUCGAAUUCUCUCCAGUCACCCGGCGUUUCUUGAUGCCCAACUCGUUCGGAAUGAAUUUCGAUUUUUCCACAGAAGCGAUGGCUUUCUUUUGACCAUGUCUGCGGCGAAAGGCGUUAACUACCUGGAUGCCCGACUACGAGAAUAUCUCCGGCAGUCUCCUGAUGACAUCUUGCUGAAUCCAGGGGCUUCGGCUGUGGGUCAAACACUGCGGGAAUUCGCCUCAACAGGAACGAGCACUUGGGAAAAGCCAACAGCUGAAUGGCUUGUUGUCCACCUCGCGACCGAAAUAGGCACUUGCCCACACAAUGACACUCUGGGCCAUAACCAGAUUUCGGUGGUGGAAGCCUACCAGGAUAUUCUUCGUGAUCUUAAACUGCGUACCUAUGAACCGUGGAGACGUGACGAGACUGUUCGGCUGAUGAGGACUUUUCUGCAGUGCAUGGAGGAGAUCAGGUUUAUUAGCAAGAUGCUUGAGUCGAGGCAAAAUCUCUUUACUCGGUUGAAGGAAGAUAUUAAGAAACAUGACGAAGAGGAUCGAAACCACGGCAUACCACACAACCCCGACGGCGAGUCUUGUAUGCAUAGGGUUGAUUGGACUUUGGGCAAAAUUCGACAACAGCGUGAUGACAUUGAAAAUAUUGCCCACGAAAUUAAAAAUUCCAUGAACGAUCUUCUCCAACUUCGUACGAUCGAACAAAAUGAACUCACUAUUGUCCGCGACAGCCAGCAGCGUGCAAUCAUGCUGUUUACCGCAGUGACCGUAAUCUUCCUCCCGCUCUCCUUUUGUACUUCCUACUUCGGCAUGAACCUACAAGGAAUCUCCGACACUGCUCGUUCGGAACGGUACUUCUGGUACGUCUGCGGCACGGCCGGAUUUGCCAUAGUAAGCGUCAUUUCCAUUUAUGCUUUUUGGCACCCGGUGAAGGAUUAUUUGAUGGUCCUGCGGGAGCAGCGGAAGUCGAAGCGCUUUACAAGGGAAGAGAGGAAGAGAAGACUAAAAAGGAGGAUCUCGAGUGAAAAUGUGUAG